AUGCAGAAAUCGGGGUUGCUGCGGGGAGCCUUCCGCCGCUUGACUGCGAAAGGCUACAAAGCCAAGGCAGCAGCAGCAGACACGCGGCAUGAGCGCAUCCUCUCCUUGAGGGAGAUCCUGGCGAAAGACAAAGGCGUGCAUAGCGUGGAGGAAGACUAUCCAGUACCAGCCUGGCUUCGGCGCCAGGGUGUAUGUGCUCCUUGCGACUACGCCAAGACCUUUAAAGGCAAAUACGGCAUCAUCAAUUACGAGGUUUUGGGGAUGCAACACACCAAGACGGUGUUGACUUUUCAUGGGCUUAACGGAUCCAUGCAAACCUUCCAAGACCUACAGAACGUUCUUGCCAGUUUUGGAUUUCGAGUGAUCACUUUCGAUCUGUACGGCCAUGGUCUCUCUGCAGCCCCUCAGUACAGCUUUUUCAAGAAGCGUUUUUCCGCAGAUUUCUUCGUUGCGCAGAGCCGCGAACUCCUCGAGCAUCUGAACUUGAGCGACACGCCGCUGUCACUCGUUGGAUUUUCCAUGGGAGGGAUAAUUGCGGCACGCUACGCCUGCAUGUAUCCUUCGUUGGUGACGUCGAUUGCGUUGAUUUCUGCCGCUGGUCUUCUCCCUAAAAAGCCCUUCCCCGUGUCUCUUCUGCAGCACUGUGGUUGGUGCUGCACCCCCCUGUACUUGUGUUUUCCCUGUUGCCUCUGCCGCUGCUGCUUUGAAAGAGAGGCGUUUUUAAAGCGAUACGAGCUGGAGGGUUCAGAGAGAAGUAGGCGACCUUGCGCUGACGAAGAUCCUCAAAGCUCUUCGAGGGGGAACGCCACUCUCGGAGUGAACGCAGCGGAGACGCAGCAGCAGGCGCAAACAAACAGCCGCAGCACUCGCCGUCAACACGCAGUCAACAGCAGCACCGCAGAAAGUCGAUCUGCCGCAAAAGCGCAGUCUGUCAGCGCUGCUGCAGCUCGAGAAUCGCAAUUUUCCACAGGCACGGAAGGAUCGCACGCCAGGGAGACAGCUUCUCGGAAUAGCGUCGCCAACAACCCUGGCAUUCUUCUGUGGAAGCGCCUCACAUGGCAAAUUUUUGCAAAGAAAGGCAGCAUUUCAACGUUCGUCGGCUGCGUCACGCAUGUGCCGAUGUGGAACGGUCGAAGUAUAUAUGAACAGCUAGGUGCUCAGCAAACACCCUGCUUAGUGCUUUGGGGGGGAGAGGAUCCCGUGGUAGACGUUCAAUGUUGCAAGCAGCUUUGUUCACUUCUUCCGAAUCACGCUGCCAUUGUGUUUCCAAGUUGUCACCACUUGCUGCUUGCGGAGCGCCCACACGCAUGCAUUGCCGUGGUGAUGACGUUUCUGGAAUUCCCCGCCUCGUGCAUGCAUCCUCUUCCCGCUGCCGCUGACGGAGAAGCUCGCGCUGACACUUCGACUCCCCCGUAUUUGCCGCUGUGGCGCUGCAUGCUGCCUUUCAGCCCCGAAGGCGAGUAUGUGCCUCCAGAGAAACGAUGCCCUCAGAAUUCGACGCCAAGGGAGUUUCAUGAGAAGCUGAACUACAAGCCAAGAUUCAGUAUCUGCUUCGGGGAGAGCGCAACCACCCCCCCCUUUGCACAUCACGCUUUGAGAAACGGGGGAAACAGCAGUCUUUCGCAAGCAAAGCCUCUGCCGCCACGUCUGCACACUCAACGCAGACGCAAGACUUCGGAGACGACGCCCACCCCCGCAGCAGCUCGGAGGCAAGAGCAGCGGCAGUCCUUGUGCAACGAGACCAACCACUCGCGCAGAUCGGCGCAGCCAUCACCACCCCCCCCCACCCCCCCUCCACACGCACUGUCUCUUCUCCUUUCACAGAGGGAAGAGGCUACAGACAAGACGAGGGAGAGCCCUCAGGAAGAAGAAAUCUUCGUCACAUCAGAAUCAGGUCCAUCCAACGCCUCGCUGCCUCACAAUCCACUUCCAACAACCUAUUUGUCACACAAAACUGAGGGCAUACCAACAUGUUCGGUUUCUGUCAAGCGAGAUCGACAGUGCGCUCCACCCCGCAUGCAAAGGCAGCACGGCGAAGCAGCAGACGGCCAGCAUUCGUUUCCUCAGGGAAAUCCUGCAGCCCUCUGGGGAGGAGCGUCCUCUCUAAGUUCUUCAGGGUCGUUCCAGGAUCUUUUGUUCACGGGCAAUGCCGAGCAGCGCCGCUCCACAUCUUCCUGCAGUCACUUUUCUCGAGCACCUGCAGCAGCAGCAAGGACGGACGAAAAAACACAAGAUCAUGCAUUAUCAUUAAAAGAUAAUACUGUUUGUUCUUCUCUGCCCCCCGCUGCCGUGCCUCGAGUGGUGUAUAGUAGGGCCUCCCUACACGACGCCAACUGCGGUUGCCAAGUGGAUAGAGAGUGA